CGAAAUUUCCCACCUAAACCUCUCUCGCUCUCUCUACGUUACACGUUACCUGCGCUGCUGUCGUUGGUGUUGCCGCCGAUUCAGCCGCCGUAUUCUUUUUCUUUCCGACGGUGAACCUUUUCCUUCUUUCUUCUGUUCACUGAAUUCUCUCCCUCGUUUCUUUAGUGUUUCCGGAGGCUCUUCUUGUUUUUCCUCGCUCGGCUGUGUACGCAUAACUCUCUGGCAGCCUCGACGUCGCCACUCUUCAUUCCUCGGCCUUCAACACUAGGUACAUAGGUUUUGAUCCUCAAUGGGGUCUGCUGAACAAGAUGAGUAUGCUGCUUUCAAAGAGAAGGUGAGGCGGACGGUUUUCAUGGAUAACCUAUCACCGAUUGUAACCGAGUCAGUCAUGAGAACUGCCCUUGAUCAGUAUGGAACUGUCAAGAGUGUUGAGUUCCUUCCGAACUAUCUGGAGCCUCAGAACAUGCCCCGAUGUGCUUUGGUGGAGAUGGAGAAAGAAAAGCAAGCUGAAGUUGUCAUCUCGACGUUAUCAGAACUGCCUUUCAUGAUGUCUGGAAUGCCAAGGCCUGUGAGGGCACGUGCUGCUGUGCCCGAGAUGUUUGGUGAUCGUCCAAGAAAGCCUGGUCGACACCUGCAUGUCCAUUGGUUGGACCCUUCUGAUCCCAAUUUUGAGGUAGCGAACAAGCUUAAGCAGCUUGUGAAAAAGCAUUCCACUGAAAAUGCUGUGAUGCUCAAGCAUCAACUGGAGAAGGAGGAGAAGCUUGCAAAGCAACAAGGAGAAACUUUGAAAGCAAAUUACAAGAAGUAUGAGAUGCUAGAUACUUUGAUGGCUGAUGGAACUGUUAGACGUUUGGCACGACGCUAUAAUUUCAGAAUUUCAGAUGACUCGGGGCCUUCUACCUUUCACUGACAUGCGACAAUUUUAUGUGCUAACGUAAGUUCCGAGGGUCUUCGCUUGGCAUGUAUUGGAACCGUUUAAAUCAUGUGGAUAUCAUCUCUUUUCUUCUAAUUGAGGUGCACUUAGAUCUUGUUCAUGUUAUCUGAUUGUCAAGAUCUUGAAAUUUUCAUAC